AUGGACGAGGACGACCGUGACUCCAAUGCCUUUUCAGAAAACGACCAAGACGAGGUCAUGGAGGAUGUAGCCGAACCAGAGGUCGAUCCCGAACCCGGCAAUGAUGCUGAAGAAGACGACGAAGAAGCGGACGAUGAUGACGACGGCGAGCCGGAAGCUGUGGCCGAUGCAAGACGCGGCCGCGAACCCUCUGGUGCCCUACGCACGACAGGCCCUGGUCCGGAUAGGACCGACUCUGGCGAUGGUUCUGUACCAGAUCAUAAAACAAAUAUGAGCGGCAAUGCAGUUGCUGAUGGCACUGCUGUCGAUUCGGCCGAGACAAUGGCUGCAACGGCGUCUGUUCCGCCCCUUGUCGACGCCAUGCGCCUACGAAUCCGCCCGGAAGCUCUGGCUGCUCGAAUCUACGACAUCGUUCCUACCAUGGCCGCUCCACAAGCCACGAGCAUCAAUGCUCUGGCGGUUACUCCGGAUCUCCGCUACUGGAUGACAGGAGGGUCGGACGGCUACAUUCGAAAGUACGACGGCCCCGGCACAAUCAACGGCCGGCAACUACUUACUGUAGCUCAGCGCCACCCCUUUGUUGACAGCGUUGUCAAGGCUGGAAUUUUAAUGUCGUACUGGGAGAACGAAGAACCGCCAAGCGCAUCCGCGCGUGGCGCAGACGAACACAUGCUGUCACCCGUGUAUUCGCUUGCUGUCCAUUCCCGGGCCCUCUGGCUCCUCGCGGGCACGGAAGGCGGAGGCAUCAACCUCCAGAGCGUGCGGCACGACGAAGGCAAACGCAUAACAUGUCUUCAGCGUCACACCAACGCCGUCAGCGUCUUGCAGCUCGCCCCGGACGAGAAGAGCGUGCUCAGCGGAAGUUGGGACAAGACCAUUCUUGACUGGGACUUGAACGACGGCCAAAUUCGCCGUCAAUAUGACGGUAGCAGCGGCCAGAUAUCGGCAAUCGAGCUCCGCCCAGCCAGUGGUGCGCCGAUCCCGGCCCAGGGCUCCGACGAAGAACACGUUAAAGACGCUGACUUGACUUUGACAAGCUCCAACAACAAGCCUCUUCCAAAUGGCGUCGCCAUUGGCGGUCCCGCUACGGGUAUGAAUGCUGUGGCUGGUGGCGACGUAUCUGCUAGCGGAGCGUCUGCGAACAUCAGCGGUGACGAACCCCUACCUGAUCAUGAGUCUUUGUUUGGCAGUCCUGGGGGUUCCUUGUUUGGAGGCAGCGACGCAAUGGGGGCCAAUCCUUUCGGGGACGAUGACAUGGGCAUUGCACCCGGUUCUGCCACAAUCGGGGACGAAGAUGCCGGCGACUUUUCGCAAGAUGUUGCCAUGGCUCUUGACACUGGUGGGCCGGCAGUGGAUUCAAUUGCAGUACCGGGGACGGUAUCCGCCCCGUCGUCGCCAAAAGAUGGCUCAGAAACCAAGGCCACCGCCGCUGGUGAUGAGAGCAUGACGGAGGCAGGUCCAUCAGCAUCCAAGUCUGCUCUACCUGCUGACGAUAGCGAGAGGUCCGCUGAAAAACAAGCAGCCGGUGCGGACGUGGCGUCUGCUCCCGCCCACACAGCGACCCCGGUUCCCGAGACUAUCGUUGGGGAUACGGGUGCGGCGAGCAGUAACAAGUCAUCCCUUUCCCAGCAGCAGCAACAGCAGCAGCUGGAUCAGGAGCUCCAGCAAUCAGCUGAAACGCAGCUUCGAGAGGCCAGUGACGCUCAAGCGAAUACGACUGGGGUUGGAGGGGAUCCAACUACUCGUCAAAUUGCCUCGCCCGGACACCAAGAGACCCAUGGGCCGUCCGCUGCUGUGUACACAUCACAAGGAGCGCCUCCCCACUUUGACCCUUCACAAGUCUCCGACAACACGUUCUUCUCUGCUAGCAUCGACGGCCCUAUUCGAAUUUGGGAUCGCCGACAAAAGCACCCCGUUGCUCGCAUUGGAAAUAGGCCUGGUGUACCACCAUGGUGCAUGGGCGCCUGCUGGAGCCCUGAUGGUAACCGCAUCUAUGCCGGGCGACGGAAUGGUACCGUGGAAGAAUUCGAUAUCCACAAGGCCAAGGCAGGUUGGCAACCGGAACGAGCACUCAGAUUUCCUGCUGGGAGUGGACCAUUCUUUGCUAAUUAUGCCCACGAUAGUGCCUCACACGACAUCCUCCGCCUCUACGAUAUCCAGGACUCAUCUGCACUGCCUCACUCGCACGUUCCAUUUCUCAUUAUACCCGGCCCGCCCCGAGCCGGCGUGAUCUCCCACCUCUACAUUGAUCAAACAUCGCGGUUCAUGAUUUCCACAGCAGGGACACGGGGAUGGGAGGGCACAAGCACUGAGGCGCUUAUUGGCUACGAAAUCAACUCGAUCGUGAAAUAA